AUGGAGAGCAUGAUCUCGAAUGGCCGGUAUACACCCGGGCACAUGAAGAAAAUUCGAGAGAAGGCUGCUGGCAAGCUGUUCAAGCAACGACCAUCAGUUGAACAGAAGGUCAUGAUGUCUCCGGUCAGCCUGAAGUGGCAGCAAGAAGGGCGCCUGGACUUCCAUGACGUUCUUCCGGAUGGCUUCGCCGCACGGUACUCCAAGGAGCUUUUGGUCAUUGAUGCUCAUGCGGACCAGCUGCUUAACAAGUUUGUGGAUCAAGUGGAGGCUGGUUUGAGUCAGAGGAGGGGCCAGCUCAACGCCAUCCUAUACGUCAGUGACAUGAUCCAGAGGGCCUUUGGUGGAUUGGGGCGCAAGGUGCCUGAAGCUUUUCAGAAACGUAUUGUUGACCUGAACCUACGGCAGGGAGAUUCCCUCCUCAUCGGUGAGCUGAUGUCCGGUGCAACUGCUGGUUUUCUGGGCUCUGGCAUGUGCCGGCAUCGGUCUUUGCUCUUCAAGUACGUGGUGCGCAGAUUGAAGGUUUGCGAAAGUGCAGCUAUCUCUGGAGUUAUCGUGCCAAAUGAUUGUGAGAAUGUCUCCCAGUUUCGUCGAGACAACGGCUUCGCAGAUCACGCCUGGAACAUCGUUAGGCUCAAUGGCCAGAACUACUUGUUGGACAUCAUGAACACUCCUCAUGAGCUUCAAUCUUUGAACUCAGCCGACGGUGAGAAAGUGCAGAUGAAGGUUCAAGGCACUUCCUACGUUUACUACCGCUUCGAUGGAGGUUCAGGCAUCUCGUUGGCCUAUAGCCCAGGUGCAGAGGAAAGCUCGGAAACGCAGACAGAGACGGAGUCCUUGGAUUCAGAGGAUGAUCUUGAACUUGAUCCUGACUGUUAUUUACCUCAGGGCUCUGGGGCUGGCGAAGUCUUCUGCAACACUACUCGAAGAGCUGAAGAGAUUCUGCAGCUGCAGACUGUUGGGCCGGCAGGCCAUGUCAUGGUCAAGUUCGACUUGAGGAUGCAAGGUCGGACUUGGCAGGCCCGGAAGACGGUGCAUGAGACAGCACUCAGGAAUGCUCCUUGA